AUGCCUCUCGUCGUCCCCGGAGUUACAGCCGAUAAUAUGGAGGACAAUAAGACACAGGAGUGGACAAACAAACUCGUGGGCAAAAAGUUGUCAGAGGAGCCUUCCUCCGAAACGACAGACCUUCCCCCGCAAACACGCGUACUGCCCCCCGGCGCAAUUGUUACCAAGGACUUUCGCCCUGAUAGACUUAAUGUUCAUGUGACUGAGGAUGGGACUGUCUCGCAUGUGACACAUGGUUGAGAGGAAUUGGAGAAGGUGGUGGGGGAAGGGGAAACAAAUCGACCACGGACAAGGCUUGAUCUGUUAAACUAGUUGUUCAUAUUGCUGUUGCGUUCGGCACCUAAUAAUGCUGAUGUAAGGCUCUAGAUACUGAAACGUG